GACAUUUCUUCCCCUCCUCCUCGACUCUCGCAACCAUGGCCUCGCGCAGGUCUCUGGGCGGCGGCCGCGUGCUGGGGAGCGCGAGGGCCCUGUCGCCCGCCGCCGCCGCCGCCGCCGCCUCCCCGCAGCACGCCGCCGUCCAUCGCCGCAAUGCCAGCCUGCUCUCGCCCUCGGAGAGCUCCCUUUCGCUGAGCUCCCAGACGUCCAACAGCCCCGCCAGCACCGCCGAGUCCAGGGAGGACAUUGCCAGCAAGAUCCUCGCCGGCCCCGCCAGGAACACGGCCGCGAGCGCCUCGAGCAGGCUCGUGUGCCCCAUCUGCAACGAAGACAUGGUCACGUUGCUGCAGCUCAACAGACAUCUCGACGACACGCACCAGAACCUCGUCGUCGAGGAGCAGGACGAGGUCAAGAACUGGUUCGAGGCCCAGAUGCACAAGGCCAAGAAGUUCCAGCCGCUCGCCGUCCUCAACCAGAAGCUCAAGGGCCUCGACGUCUUCGAGUCCAACGAUGUCCCCUCGCUGCCCUACGCCGGCCCCUCGCCCAGCAGCCCCCAUGUCCACGCCGCCCACGAGCCCGCCGUCCGCAGAGACCCAGACGAGGACGUGACGCGCGCCCACUGGCAGCGCCCCAGCUACCGCGACGUGUGCGCCGACCCGCUCUGCGCCCGCCCCAUCACCGCCUCGCAAAUGGCCCUUGGCGGCGCCAUGCAGGCCGUCAAUUGCAGGCAGUGCGGACGACUGUUCUGCGAGGAGCACACCAUGUACCAGAUGAAGCUGUCGCGCCAGGCCAAACACGACCCCGUCCGCGGCAUCUGGUGCCGCGUGUGCGAGACGUGCUACAAGUCAAGAGACGGAUACAACGACCACCGCGGCUUCGAGCGCGACCACUUUGACGAGUUUGCCAGAAUCCGCCGAAAGCACGUCGACCGCGAGCGCAUGGAGGUCAGCCGGCUGGAAAAGCGCCUGACCAAGCUCACGCAGCUCCUCGCAAACCCACCGCCCGCCGACGAGACGCCCACCACGGGCAGCUGGUUCUCGCUCCCUGGCGCCAAGAAUCACCGCAAAGCACUCGAGCAGUCCAUCAUCACAUGGGAGGAAGACGCAACGGUCCCGAGUUGCCCCUUUUGCCAGCAGGAGUUUUCCACGUACACGUUCCGACGAUCGCAUUGUCGCAUGUGCGGUAGAGUCGUCUGCAGCGAUCCCAAGACGGCGUGCUCGACAGAGGUAGGGCUGAAUGUGGCUGCCAGCACGCAGACGACGGAAAAGGACGCAGGCCAGGUCAGCGUUGACGUGCGCAUGUGCAAGGAGUGCCAGCACACGCUCUUCGCUAGGAGCGACUUUGAGCGCGAACUCGCCGACAAGCCCAAAGACCAGCGCGCCUACGAGAACCUCGCACAGUUUGAACGCGGGAUCCGCCUGCUUCUCCCUCGGUUCCACAAGCUGCUACAAGCAUUGCAGGAUCCAGACAAGUCGCCCACGCCGCAGCAAUUGACCGACGCAACCAAAGUCCGCAAGCGGCUGAUGGACGGAUUCGCCCAGUUCGACGUUGCAGCUAAGCGCAUGCGCGACCUGCCCACCGACUCGCCGACGCAGCAGAAACUACAGAGGGCCGUCUACCAGCAAGCCUACAGCUUUUUGAGUUUGCACAUGCUCCCGCUGCGGGCGCUCCCCAAGAUUCUGAAACACGCCGCUCCCCAAGGACGUGCCAAUGGCGGUAGUGCGUUGGCGUCGAUCAAGUACAACAACCACUCGGCCGGCAGUGUGGUGAGCAGUAGCGAGGUGUCAGCCAUGGAGACUGAGGAGAAGGAGCUCAAGGAGCGAUUGAUUGUGCUUGAAGAGCAAAAGUUUAUGGUGUCUGAAAUGGUGGCGGAUGCGACCAAGCACCGAAGAUUUGACGAAGUGUCGAGUUUAGCCCAGAACCUAGAAGACUUGAACAAAGAGAUUGGUCAGAUUAACGGGCAGCUGGCACAGCUCGACUUUGCCGGUGCGUACCACGCUGGCAUGGCUCUGUCCCAGCCCGGAUGAAAGUUGCCGUGUGAUUCAGCUUGAAAAAAAAAUCUACUGCCGACUGCCAUUUCCACGGGAAUAUUUCGCGGAAUCGACGCAUUGCACGUCCGAGCAUUGCUCAGAUUUAUUAUUGGGAGCCCCCUUGGUCAAACUGAGACAAUUACAUUCCCUACACUGGGCGGGGAAAAAAAAAAGAGGCCACCACGCCUGUGCAACAAAUUCUUGCAUAUACGCCAGCACACCACCAGGCUGUUGGGUCAUGAGGGGGAGGUGUGCGGGCGAGUUGCCAAGUAACUACAUUGGGGGGCGAGAGGGGGAGAGCAGGGAGCAACAAGCGUCGCGUAUACAACAAAGUCAUCCAAACUUCUGAGCUCAACAUUUUUUUUCGAAGAGCCGG